AGUUCAAGGUUGCACAUUAGUUCGAGACGCUUCUUUAUCGAAACAGGUGUUCAUGGCAGUACGUGACGAAUGAUGGAGGGAUAAUGGAGUAAUGUUUGUGGAUUAUUUUCGUCGUAGAAGUUAUCAGUGUUUCUUAUUUGUUUUCGUCCAGAGGUUAAUAUUAUGCUGCUAUGUGCUUAACAAGUAGUUCACGUGAACUGUGUUUUGAUGUGGGGCAAACGUGCUGUGUAAUGAUGGCGAUAUAAAUCGAUCUUUCGUGUUGGUUUUGUUAACGCUAAUAUCUAAAGUUUCGUUUUUAGUAUUAUAACAUUUUUUGUUAAUAUGUUUGCUGUAUUUAUGCGGUUAAAACGAGUCCGCAACGACACUUAGAUGGGUCGUGAAUAUCAUUUGACUGGUGAUUUAGUUUAAUGGGUCAUGUUUUAAAUCUCGAAAUGGAACAUUACUUCUUCGUAAAAUACUUUCACCCCUCUGUGUUGUGAAAUAUGUCAUCUAACGCUGAAGAACAAAAAUGAAAUAUUUGAAGGUUAACUGCUAAGUUGAAUUUUGAGACCUGGAGUGAUGAUAAUGAUAAUGAUAUGAGAAGUUGCUAGACGUUUCCCUUUCGUCUGUACACUAGAUCACAAAAUGCAUCGUUAUAAAUUACAGAUUGGAAGUACGAAUUCGUCUCGUUCAUAUCAUAAAAUCCUGCUAUGGUGUGUGUAUAUAUAUCACGUAAGUUGAUUGUCUCGUGUUGGUAGUGGUGAAACAUGAAAUUAAUCUAGUGACUUUCAGAGAAGGUUGUCGCUACUGAAAUAGUUCCGGAAGUGUUUGCUCGAUUGUUAUUUGUGACAAAAGCGCGGCAAAUACGGCUCCAGUGCACUUAAGAAAUAUUGUGAGAUUUAACAGUGGCGAACAAGACAAAGGACCAUCUUCCCAGGAACAAUAUCAGGGGUAGAAUCCUUACAUCACAAAGGAUUCUCUGUGACAACAUUCACCAUCUUUACACCAGAAUGCAUGACGUUUCUACAUUUUAAUCUAAUGCCAUCUACUGCCUGUCUCGUGAGAAGACAAGACGGCGACCCGAAUAGGAUGGGUUGGCGAUUUUCGACAAAACUGGUGUUGCAUCUGUAUGUAAUUUUGGAACUCAACGUCUUUUCACACAUCGGAGUGUCGGGACUUAUGGAUGGUCAGGGUCCUCUUCUGGUUUUGGAACCGCCUCCUAGAUUGGAAUUCUCAAACAGCACUGGAAGUAGGUUGGACUGCACCGCACGAGGAAGUCCUAUGCCCUCAGUGCAUUGGCUGUUAGCAGAUGGAACUCCUGCUAACAGCAUCUCAGGAUUGCGAUAUCAGCUCCCGAAUGGAUCGCUUUCCUUCCCGGCAUUCAGUGCUGCAGAGUUCAGACCGGAUGUCCAUCGGGCGGUGUACCGCUGCGUGGCCAGCAACGCCUUGGGACGUGUCCUCAGCAGAGACGUCAGACUUCGAGCAGUGGUGAUGCAAGAUUUCUCCGUUGGCGCCACCGGUAGCUCCGUGUCGAGAGGUAACAUGGCGGUCCUGCGCUGUCUUGUCCCGAGCUUCGUGCGUGAUUUUGUCAGCGUAACUUCGUGGCUUCAGGACCAGAAGUUCAACAUUUAUCCAUCCAGUGACGGAGACGGCAAGUUUCAUAUGCUGCCCUCUGGCGAGCUCGUUGUGUUGAACGCUGCCAGCGCCGACAGCUUCUCCAGUUACCAAUGUCGAGUUACUCACCGGUUGACGGGGGAGACGAGGCCCAGCACAGGCGUCGCCAGGAUCACGGUGACGGAAGCCAGGGCGGUCACUCCGCCACAGUUUACCGACCGCUCCAUCAGCAUCGAAGUUCGCCGCGAUGAGCUUGUAGUUCUUCCGUGCAUCGCCAGAGGUCACCCUCCUCCAGAUUACAGGUGGGAGGUUGGAGGUUCGCCUCUCCCAGAACCAGGGGAUGAACAACGUUACACGACGGGGGGCGGAGGUCUAUUUGUUUUACCACGACCAAGGCCCCACGAUUCCGGACGCUAUAUCUGCAUUGCCAGCAAUUCUGCUGGUAGCUCGCGGAUGGAGGUAAACCUUCUCGUGACGUCGCCUCUGACGGCGAGGGUCUCGCCUGGUCUCCACACCGCGGCUCUAGGACAACCGGCUCGUUUCUCAUGCACCACCGCGGGACAUCCCGUAGUCUCCGUCCUCUGGUUCAAAGACGGUCAGCCGAUAUCCGGCCUGGCUGUCCAGCCGGGUAUGACGAGAGAAAUGCUCCAUCUGCCAUCUGUGACGAGAGACGAUCAAGGCAUGUACCAGUGUUUCGUGAAAAACGAACAAGAUGUCGCCCAAGGCACAGCAGAGCUUCGGCUAGGAGACACACCGCCACAGUUAGUGUACCGAUUCAUUGAACAGACGAUUCAACCCGGUCCAGAAGUUUCAUUGAAAUGUGUAGCAUCAGGGAACCCAACGCCAAAUAUAAAAUGGACGCUAGACGGAUUCCCGCUCCAAAGGAGUGAUCAUAAUAGGUUUUAUGUCGGACAGUACGAACUAAUGCACGGUGGCGAUGUUAUAAGUCACGUUAACAUCACAAGUGUACGAGUUGAAGAUGGUGGCACUUACCAGUGCAUGGCAUCCAACAGAGUCGGCGAGAUUUCGCACGCAGCACGUCUUAAUGUUUAUGGGUCACCGUACAUCCGUGUCAUGGGUGAAAUAUCAGCCGUCGCUGGAGUAACUUUACGAGUCACGUGCCCCGUUGCUGGUUAUCCCAUUGACAGCAUUAAGUGGUAUCGAGGAGAUCGCUUGCUGCCUAUCAAUAGAAGACAUCUUGUCUUUUCUAAUGGUACGUUGGUCAUCGAGAAGGUCCAGUCGGGAGUCGACGGAGGUUCCUACAGGUGCGAGGCCUCAAACAAACAAGGGAGUACAGCGAGAGGAACAGCUCAGAUAACAGUCAUGGUCCCUCCUAACAUCACUCCUUUCAGCUUCCGUUUGGAUUUGCAUCUCGGUGAACGCGUUGGCGUUCAGUGUGUGGUUAGCAAAGGUGAUUCGCCUCUCACGAUCCACUGGCUAAAGGACGGAGAGCAGUUGAGACAGGGAGACGGACUGGUGUUACGCACGCUGGACGAGUUCACGAGCGUUCUCAGCAUUGGGGCACUCGCACCUGAACAUGGGGGGAACUACACUUGUGUUGCCCGUAAUACAGCGGCUCAGGCGGCGUACUCUGCCCCACUCUCCGUUAAUGUGCCUCCAGCAAUCACGCCAUUCUCGUUCGGCGAGUUGUCGGCGGGCGAACGGGUGAGGGUGACGUGCAGUGUCAAGCGUGGAGAUCCGCCACUUAGCAUCGCGUGGCUCAAGGAUGCCCGCCCCCUCAAAAACCUAGGCCUGCAUGAUGACCUUGAACUCACGAUCCAAGAUAAUGAAGAAUUCUCUAGUGUCCUGGCGAUACGUAGCGUUAGCUCUAGACAUAGCGGCAACUACACGUGUGUGGCCCGCAAUCCAGCUCAGACAGUCACCUACACGGCUCAGCUGCUGGUCACGGUUCCUCCGACGUGGGUGGUUGAACCGCAGAGCAGAGCGGCGAAACUUGGACACCAGGCACUGCUAGACUGCAAAGUGGAAGGCUUUCCUCAACCAACUGUUGCAUGGAAGAAAGCUUCUGGCGAAAAGCCGGGUCAGUAUCAGGAGGUUUUGGGGCAUCAGCUCGCGCGUUUGUUACCCAAUGGCUCGUUGCUUAUCGAGUCGGUAGCUCAGGAAGACGAGGGCCAUUACAUGUGCGAGGCAAGCAACGGGAUUGGCGUUGGCCUAAGCGCCGUGGUUAAACUCACCGUCCAAGCUCCUGUGCAUUUCAAAGUUCGGUCAAGGAAAGAGUUGGUGCGUCGUGGCAGCUCGGCGUUGUUACGCUGUCAAGCUCUCGGAGAUCUACCAAUAAGUCUCUCGUGGAGGAAGGAAGGCAGUUUUGUUGAGUUGCAAGGGCGAAUCAGUAUUAAGAAUACGUCAGUCCCAGAAGGUUUGGUAUCUGAGCUUACUAUAGGAGCAGUGCGUACCGAAGAUGGCGGUAUUUAUACUUGCUUUGCAAGAAAUGAAUUUGGACAUGAUCAGAUAGCCAUGCAUCUCUUGGUUCAAGACGCACCAGCUCCACCAACAGAUCUUACCAUUAAAGAUUCUGGAAGCCGUCGCGUUACCAUUAACUGGGUACCUCCGGUGUUGGAUGGCAACAGCCCUAUCGUGCGCUAUCUCGUACGCUACAGCCCAACACAAGACUCGUGGCAAGGACCAAGCCAAGAAGUGAUUGUAGAUGGCACUGAGAGCAAAGCGACUCUAGACGAGCUUCGUCCUGCCGCCACGUACAGCGUGCAUGUCGUGGCAGAGAACACGCUGGGUCCUGGCUCCGCAAGCCUUGAGCUUCGCGUGCGAACAGACGAGGAGGCGCCGGCUGUCGCUCCACGACGUGUGGCGGUCGAGGCCGUGAGCUCGACGCAACUGGCUCUCUCUUGGGAACCCCCACCAGAGGAUCAGUGGAACGGAAUAUUGCGAGGACAUUACGUGGGCCAUAGAGAACUGAGGGAAGUUGAACGGAAGAAUGGUUAUAAUUUCUCUGAGGUUCCGUGGCAGCUGGAUGGUAAAGGACAGCUCCGUUUGGAUGGUCUCAAAAAGUAUUGCAAAUAUGGUAUCGUGGUUCAAGCUUUUAAUGGAAGGGGGUCGGGCCCGAUGUCUCCGGAAGUAGUAGCACAGACCCUCGAGGAUGUUCCUGAAGCGUCGCCACGGGACGUCCGUUGCACGGCCUUAUCAUCUGACAAGCUACAAGUCAGCUGGCAGCCUCCUCCGGAAUCUCUUGUUCAUGGUGUGAUCCAGGGGUACCGACUUCUGUAUGAACCGGUACCCUCGCCUCGGCUCACAUCGGAUGGACGCGAUAUCUUGGGGCCACAGACAAAGAUGACGAAGGCCCUAACAGCUGUUCUUCAUGACCUGCUUAAAUUUACAAACUACAGCGUAGAACUACUUGCAUUUACGCGAGUUGGUGACGGAGUAAAAUCACGUCGAAUUUUCUGCAGAACAAAGGAAGAUGUGCCUGAUGCCCCCGGAGGGAUCAAAGUGCUCCUUGAGACCCCAGACACAGCUCUACUAACAUGGCUGCCACCCUCAAAUCCAAAUGGCGUCGUAGUCCAGUACAAUGUUUACGUGCGUGUCUUGGAAGGCACAGUCCAGCUGGACACUCGGACGAUCCCGUAUUACUCAACAUCGCAGCUUCAGUAUCAACUUCCGGGUCUCAAGCGACGUCAGAUUUAUGAGUUCUGGGUAACUGCGUCUACUAGAGUUGGGGAAGGAACGAGUACUCCGGUCGCGAGACUCACGGCAUCGGCGAAAGUUUCCGCGGGCAUCGCAUCGUUUGGUGGCUUACGUCACGUGACUUGGAGAAGCGACGCGCGCCUCGAGUGUCGAGCGGUCGGAGUUCCAGAGCCCCAGAGACAGUGGCUCGUGGUCGACACGCCAUUCGCUCGCCUGCAUCCGAGUCAUCAAGCUCGUCUGGCUCUGGCAACUGACGGGGCUCUGUUGCUUAGUUCUGCUCAGCGGAGUGACCAGGGGGACUACACGUGCGUUGUGUCCAAUGAGCACGGACGCGACCAUAUUACGUACCAUCUUUUAGUGCAGGUUUCUCCCGCCGCCCCUCUGCUGAUCGCGACAGGAAGUACGCAACACUCGCUCCAGCUACAGUGGAAGUUAGGCGAUGAUGGCGGCAGUCCGGUGCGAGGCUACGUGAUCCAUUACAAGCUGGAGCACGGCGAAUGGGAAGAGACGCACGUCGACGGCAAUCGAAAUACUUUCGCGCUGAGCAGCCUGCGCUGUGGAACGGCGUAUCACAUCUUUAUCACCGCGUACAAUGACGUAGGCAGCGGAGCACCGAGUCUUACCCUGACCGCGCGUACUCGAGGCGGAAUCCCUGCGAUUCCACCGCCAGGCGAUCUUCUCGUCGUGAACUCUACUGCGGCGCUGCUCCGUCUCGAUAACUGGCCGGACUCUGGCUGCUCUAUGCUGUACUACGUCGUGGAGUACAUGACCCAAAAGGGGUCAGGACCCUCGGGACAAGCGAAAGACUGGGUUGUUGUGGGGAACAACAUUGUUCCGGGAAAGGUUUUCAGCUUGGUCGAUCUCAGUCCGGGAUCGCAGUACAGGUUGCGAGUGACGGCUCACAACGCCGCUGGGUCCAAUGUCGCGAAUUAUCGAUUUACGACAGUCACGGCUAUCGGAGGAACAGCCGGACCGAGUCUCGUGAUGAUGGAGACCGAGACGGAGCUGAAGGCGCCGCUUCAUAAAGACAUGAAGUUGAUAAUCCUGGCCGUGUGCUCGGCCGUGGCGCUGUGCCUCAGCCUGCUAGGUCUUUGCUUUUGUUUGAAGAGAAAAUCGGGCUCAAAUAGGACCUCCCCUUGCCCCAGUCUUCAAGAUGUGCAGACGAGCGCCACGCAGGACAACAAACACAACUUGGCUCGUAGGGAACAAUACUACGCCACUGUCCGCAAAUUGCCGCCUUCCCCAGCAACUCUGGAGUGCAUCCCAGAAUAUUCAGAGGAUAUUCGACCUUACGCUACAUUCCAUGUCCCAGGACCACCAAAUUCUGAGACUACAAAGUUGCAGACGUUUGUGUAUAGAGACAGUGACGCUUCUCCGACGAGAAAGUCCGUCGGAAAAAGCGACUACUGCCGGGUGAAAAGACCUCGACCUGGCGAAGAGUACGACAGUUUCGGUUCCGAAUCCGACACAGAACCUGGAACGUCAAGUCGUACAGAAUCAUCAAACCAGUUGGAUGACGGAGGAAAUCAGGGUGAAUUGAACCGUCCGUAUCACCCGGCGAUCUCCAGGUUGCCAAAAUCCAUGGUCGACUCGACGUACCCCGGUUCAGACUGGAGUCCUCCUCCUGAAGCCGUGUUUCAGCGACGAUAUUGCCAGGCUCAUCUAUUGAAGUGAUCCUGUUCCACUUGAAGACCGACUCUCCAUCGGUCAGAAGCCGCGAAAUGAUAAAAGGUCAAUACAGUCGAAAUGUAACGAGUAUCUGAAUGUCGAGGGCACUGACAUCUAUGAACAUCUGGUUGAUUUAAGUACUGUUGUGUUGUUGGUUCGUGAAGAAGCCGGUGGAGCGCUGCGUUACGAAACUCGCGUAACGCAGACGAAGUUUUGACGUUCGUAUUUUCCUUAGCCUGUCAGUAUAAAGUUUUUGAAUAAUUUUUGUUACAAUUUUUAUUUUCACUUAAAAUUAUUCGCUCCCAUCGUCUGUUCUUUAAAAAAUCACGACGUUUCGGAGGCUGGCUCUAUCUAAGGGAAGUUAGGUACGUCUCACAUGAAGACGGAGACAGAACCAGUCUCUGAAACGUCGUGAUUUUAAGAAACAGACGAUGGAAAAAGUCCUGAAAGGCCCAGCUGAUAAGAAGAAACCCUACUUUUCUGCCCGUAGUAAGAACAGUUGCAGCCUUUUACAGUACGGAGAGACGUAAUUUGAAAAAAAACUUCUCAAGAUGAAUAUAUUUUCUAAACGUAAUGUGAUGUGAGCCAGGCGGAUAUAUCCAGAAUAAAAAUUCAUUUUCACGUCAAAGAUGAUUUGAAUAAGAAGAUAAAAUGUGAUACAAUUUUUUUUAUAUAUAUAUAUAUACAGUGCCAUAGAUCUUACAAGAUAAUUACGCCGAGAUUAAUAUUGAAUACAUUUAAUCUUCGAAUAUAUUUAAUACGUGAAUUGAUAUCUCUUAACGAUGUCACAAGGCGUUAAAGUACGUACAUUUGUAAUAUUUAACCUUUUUUGAGGUCUAAUGUGAAAGGUUACGAGUAAUUAUUGUCCGGUCGGUAUUAAUUUUAACAUAUUUAAUAUUAAUUAAUUACUGUAGCUCAGUGUUGUGAAAAAUUCGUAUAUUUGGUGGUUUAUUUAAAAAUAAAUAUAAUUUUUUAAUUUAAAGGUGACUUUAAAUUUAUUAUUUCUUGUAGACUCUAUGGUACUGUAACGUAAUUAUUUCCCGAGUAUUUGAUUACAAUUGCUUUAAAAAAAUUGUUAUUGUUAAUAUUUUAAAAAAAAACUUCCCACGUAUUACCUAUAUAUUAAAAAAUAUUCUAGCGAUGUUAAUAUAUCAAUUUCUGACAACUGUUUUUCACGUAAUGUUAUUGACAUUUUCUGUAUUGUUGACAUUUUCGUGUUUCCAGGUUUUUGGUAGAACCGAACUUUUGCUAAAGUCGUAUAAGUUGGCCACGAUCGUAAUUGUUUUGACUUAAGUUGUCGGUGGAACAAAUGAAACCUGACAAAUCAAAUGGCAUGUGACUUUUAAGUACAAGGUCUGAGGGCUAUUGUUAUUUAUAUUUUCUGAAAUAAAUUUGCAGUUUAAAUCAAA